UUCGCGACGGUUCCAACGGAUAGCAGCUUCCACAGCUCCAACGGUGUGAGCAGUUAAAGGGACCACCGAACGAGCUCAGCCAUUCAGCCCCUUCGGAAAACCUGUUUCUCGAGCGUUGGUGAAGCUUUCGGAACGAUCGAACGAUCAUCAAGCGUGUUUCGGUUGCUUGCGUGCGUGCGUUUGUGUGUGCGUUUGUGUUAAACUACGAAUCAAACGGCGAUCUUCCCGAGAAGAUGUUGAGGCAAAGCUUGGCACUGUUGAGCAUCUUCGCUGUCGCAUGCUAUGGACAGACGAAAGUGCCGGUGUACGUUUACUACGAGUCGCUCUGUCCGGACAGUGCCAAGUUCGUGAACGAACAGCUGUACCCGGUGGCCAAGGCGUUCAAGGCGAACCUCGAGCUACACCUGGUACCGUACGGUAAGUCGUCGUACACGACGCAAGGCUCGGAUGUGCUGUUCACUUGCCACCACGGCGAGAACGAGUGCUACGGCAACAAGGUGCACGCCUGCGCCAUCCAGCACAUCCAGGGCAACUCGUUCCAGCCGAACAUCUCGCGCGAAGACCUGACGCUCGACUACGUCAACUGUUUGAUGGCCCGGGCUCAGCUGAAGGACGGUCUCUUCCCGACCAAAAUCUGCGCCGACGAGGUCAAGAUCGAGCAGUGGCAAACGAUCCAGGAGUGCGCCAACAGCACCGAAGGAAGCACGCUCCUAAAGCAGCACGGUGAUGCGACCAACAAGCUGCAAAAGCCCCUAAACAACGUACCGACCAUUGCCUUCAAACAGACCUACGAUGGUGAGCUGCAGAAGCUGUCGCUGAACAGCUUCCGCCAGGCCCUGUGCAAAAACCUGAGCCCCCAACCGGUCCAGUGUUUGGACUUUCCUGGAUCGGCCUCGACCAUCAGCAGCUCGAUCGGUGCGAUCGUUAGUGUGAUUGCUGUGCUCGCAGCACGAUUGUUUUAGGUUCCCUUAGAUGGGGGCUGUGUAGGCCCAUAGGUACCACCGCAACAUCAACUUAAAGCACGCUCCGGCAGCUGGCAGCACACACCACACAAACAGAAUAAGCGAUCUCGAGACUUUUACUGAAUCUCGCUUUCUAGGUCCUUCCGUCCGAAAGAUGUUUUAUUAGCUGUUCCAAUGAAGAUGUUUUAAUAAAGCGAAAGCGUUGCGCUACCCUAA